AUGGUCAACCUGAACCAAAAGAAACUCUCUACGGAUAAGAAGACUUUUACCGUCGGCCCUGGGAACCGAUGGAAGGAGGUAUACGACUACCUGACGCCCUACAAUCUUGCCAUUGUUGGUGGACGAGCGGCAUAUGUCGGAGUCGGCGGACUCACGCUCGGCGGAGGUAUCAGUCACCACACCAACGAGUACGGCUUAGCUUGUGACAACAUUGCCUCAUAUGAGCUCGUCACCGCUUCGGGUAUCAUCCUUACUGUGAGCCAAAAGACUUUCCCAGACCUCUAUUGGGCCCUUCGCGGCGGCGGCAACAACUUCGGCGUGAUCACGGCAUUCAACUACGAAACCCUACCUCAAGGUCUUAUGUUUGCGAGCAAACGCCAGUACAACGCAACUUACGCGCCUGCCCUGUUCGACGCGUUUGGAAACACAGUUGAGGCAGCUGAGACCGAUACCAAGGCCGCCCACUUUGUUGCCGUCGCUUACUCUCGUGGCGUCAAGAUUGCAUCGACUGAGUACGAGUAUUUCGAGCCGGUCGACCCAGCGAACCCACCCGCUAUACUGAAGGAAUACCUCGCGGUACCUCCACUCACCGACAACACUCGUAAUUGCAGUCUGGCCGACACAACCCCUGGUCUCAGCCAAAGCAUGCCAGACGGCUUCCGCACGACUAUGUGGUCCCAGUCUUUCAAGUUAAACACAGAGUUGAUGAAGCGUAUGACAGACCAUCUUUUCGAGACCGCGCCGGGUAUCCCCGUUGGUUCGCCCAGUGUCACGUUCCAAGCCUUCAGCAAACCCGCCAUUGCAGCCAUGCAGAAAAAGGGCGGCAAUGCGCUGGGUCUUCGGCCAGAAGACGGCCCUCUAUUCCACGCCCUCUUCUACCUGUCUUGGACGGACGAGAAGGAUGACAAGGUGGUCUUGAAAGCAGCGCAAGACUUCCUGAGCGCAUCGGUUACCAUGGCGAAGGAGCUGGGUGCGUAUAAUGACUACAUGUACAUGCCGUAUAGUAGUCCUUACCAGCCUGUCAUCUCGGGCUACGGCGCGGAAAACGUGGCUAGGCUGAACAAGGUCUCGAAAAAAUACGAUCCGAGUGGGGUGUUCCAGCAUUUGCAGCCGGGAUACUUUUAG